UUAGUUCCCAGUCUUUCAAUAAUAGCCAUCAAUGAAAGCAUCCUCUUUCAUCCAUGCAGAGACAGGUAAAAAGACAGCUGAGUAAAUCUGUAUUAGAUAUCAGAACGGAAGCACCGCCAGAGCUGGGGGAGAAAGGGAGGGGACAUGAAAGCUUGUGAUUGGUGAGUUUACCAAAGGCAUCUGCCAGUAGGACUUCAAUGGAAUGUGAAACCAAAUCAUUUACAAGUUAAAGAUAGACACAGUAUAUACCAGGCUCUGGAGGAGGGGAUUAAGUUCAUCUUGCUCCCUAGCAUUUCAGAGAGUUCUGUUUUGAUCUCUGUUGUAAUUAACUCUGGUCAGAUUUUGUCCUAGACUAUAUUUUCUCCUUUUUGUAUCCAUAUACACUCUGGAUACACUGGAAUUAAGGUGAUUUAGGAGAUGGUGGUGCAAACACUAGGAUAAUUAGGAUUUACCCACUCCUUGGACCAAGUGCUUGGAAACCUUUAAGUUCCAUAGUCAGCUGCCAUUUCAGAGAACAGAAAAAUAUAUGGUUUUGGAAAGUUCCUGCUGUGCCUUCAUAGAGUUUUAGAAUGAUUGAAGAUAGUGGGAAGAGAGGAAAUAACAUGGCAGAAAGAAGACAGCUAUUUGCAGAAAUGAGAGCCCAAGAUUUGGAUCGCAUCCGGUUAUCUACCUACAGAACAGCGUGCAAGCUUAGAUUUGUUCAGAAGAAAUGCAAUUUACAUCUGGUGGACAUUUGGAAUGUCAUAGAAGCCCUGAGGGAAAAUGCCCUGAACAACCUGGACCCAAAUAUAGAACUAAAUGUAGCCCGCCUGGAAGCUGUGCUUUCAACCAUUUUUUACCAGCUCAACAAAAGGAUGCCAACCACUCAUCAGAUCCAUGUGGAACAGUCUAUCAGCUUACUGCUCAACUUCCUGCUUGCAGCCUUUGAUCCGGAAGGCCAUGGUAAAAUUUCAGUAUUUGCUGUCAAAAUGGCCUUAGCCACCCUAUGUGGAGGAAAGAUCAUGGACAAAUUAAGAUAUAUUUUCUCAAUGAUUUCUGACUCCAGUGGAGUAAUGGUAUAUGGGCGAUAUGACCUAUUUCUACGGGAAGUCCUCAAACUCCCCACUGCGGUGUUUGAAGGGCCUUCAUUUGGUUACACAGAACAGUCUGCCCGAUCCUGUUUCUCCCAGCAGAAAAAAGUAACUUUGAAUGCUUUCUUGGACACACUCAUGUCUGAUCCCCCACCUCAGUGUUUGGUCUGGUUACCACUUCUCCAUCGAUUGGCAAAUGUAGAAAAUGUCUUCCACCCUGUUGAGUGUUCCUAUUGCCAUAGUGAGAGCAUGAUGGGAUUUCGCUAUCGAUGCCAGCAGUGUCACAAUUACCAGCUCUGUCAGGACUGCUUCUGGAGGGGCCAUGCCAGUGGUUCCCAUAGCAACCAGCAUCAAAUGAAAGAGUACACGUCAUGGAAGUCACCUGCUAAGAAGUUAACAAAUGCACUAAGCAAGUCUCUGAGUUGUGCUUCCAGUCGUGAACCUUUGCAUCCCAUGUUUCCUGAUCAGCCUGAAAAACCAUUAAACUUGGCUCAUAUCGUAGAUACUUGGCCUCCCAGACCUGUAACCAGCAUGAAUGACACACUCUUCUCCCACUCUGUUCCCUCCUCAGGAAGUCCUUUCAUUACCAGAAGGUUACUUGAGGGUGUGAAUGCAGCCAAUCCUGUGGCUGAUGAGCAUUCUCUCAUAAAGCAGUAUGUAAAUCAGCUUCACAGCAACUCACGCUCUCCUCACAAGAACAAUGAAGUAGAGCAGAGCAAACUGCUGGCUAGGGCUGCUCCAAUUUUUCUGAAAGGCAAAGGGUUACACUACAGCCUGGAUGUUGCAGACAGGCUAGCUGAUGAACAUGUUCUCAUCGGGUUGUAUGUCAACAUGCUUCAGAGCAACCCCUCACGCAUGCUUGACAGCCCAAACCGUCUGGAUGAAGAACACAGAUUGAUUGCCAGAUAUGCAGCAAGACUGGCAGCAGAGACAUCCUCAUCUCAGCCUAGUCAGCAAAGGGGUGCUUCUGAUAUCUCUUUCACCAUUGAUGCAAAUAAACAACAAAGGCAGCUGAUUGCAGAACUUGAAAACAAGAACAGAGAAAUCUUACAGGAGAUCCAGAGACUACGGCUGGAGCAUGAACAGGCUUCCCAGCCUACCCCAGAGAAGGCCCAGCAGAAUCCUACUCUUCUAGCAGAGCUCCGUCUUCUCAGACAACGCAAGGAUGAGCUAGAACAGAGGAUGUCCGCUCUUCAGGAGAGCCGGAGAGAGUUGAUGGUCCAGUUAGAAGGUCUCAUGAAGCUACUAAAGGAAGAAGAACUGAAACAGGGAACACAAGGGGCAGGAUCUCCACGUUCUUCUCCAAGCCACACGAUAAGCAGGCCUAUUCCUAUGCCCAUCAGAUCAGCCUCUGCCUGCUCCACCCCAACUCAUACACCUCAGGACUCUCUGACAGGGGUAGGAGGAGAUGUACAAGAAGCCUUUGCACAAAGUACAAGGAGAAAUUUGAGGAAUGACUUGCUUGUGGCUGCAGAUUCCAUCACUAAUACCAUGUCCUCUCUGGUGAAGGAGCUAAAUUCAGAGGUGGGGAGUGAGACUGAGAGUAAUGUGGAUUCUGAAUUUGGGCGGACCCAAUUUGAUGACCUAGUUCCAUCACCCACUUCUGAAAAGGCUUUCCUUGCACAAAUCCAUGCCAGAAAACCUGGUUAUCUUCACAGUGGAGCCGCCACUGGGACCAUGCGCAGUGAUAUGGUUACAGAAGAUGGGGACCCCUAUGUGAGAACUGAAGAUGAAAAUUAUGAAAAUGACUCUGUCCGUCAGUUGGAAAAUGAGCUCAAGAUGGAAGAAUACCUGAAACAGAAACUACAGGACGAAGCCUACCAGGCAAGUUACAGUCAGACAGAUGAUGAAAGUUAUGUGAAAACGGAUGACAAUGGGAGCUGUAUCCAAUCAGAGGAAGAAGACAACAUCCUGGCCACCAACACUGAAGAAUGGAGUCAGCAUGUAGAACAGCUCCUGACAUGAAACCCCAACCCCUGACAUUGUCUGCCUGCUGAAUGUAGCACUGCUAAUCUUUGUUAUAAGAAUUGUAGUUUGUAGGUGUGUGUUUUGAGAAAAAAAAAAAAAAGACUUUUGUUUAAAGUUAACUUAAUCAGCUGCAUCUUCUGUCAUAUGGCUCAUCCCUGAUGACAAACCCAGGCUAAACACAGCGCUGCUGUCACAAGCAAUGGCAGUAUUAACAAAACAUUUUAAAACUUUGCACAUGACGUUGAACCUGUUCAGUUUACAAUGAUGAUAUUAAUACUGUUUAUAGCUAGGAGUUUGAUUUCUGAGUACUUUGAGAUUUUAGUAGAACAAUUUACUAUACACUGUACACUUUUUUUUUUUCCCACAAGCAAUUGUAAAAAGCAACCUCUUGCAGUUAUUUAUUAGCCCCAAAGGAUUCUAUUCCUGGCUGCAGUGUCUGCUUGGAAUCCAGAAGCCAAGCAGGUGAUAUGGUCUAUAGCUUGAUUGAAAGUUUUUGUUUAACAAGAAAAAGAGAAAGAAAGGAAGGAAGGAAGGAAGGAAGGAAGGAAGGAAGGAAGGAAGGAAGGAAGGAAGGAAGGAAGGAAGGAAGGAAGGAAGGAAGGAAGGAAGGAAGGAAGAAAAAAGACAAGAAAGAAAGCAAGAAAGAAAGACAGAAAGAAAGACAGACAGACAGACAGAAAGAAAGAAAAAAAGAAAGAAAGAAAGAAAGAAAGAAGAAAAAAUGAUCUGUACCAAAUGCAGCAGGAUUCUCUAGGCUAAUAUAUAACUUGGGGUUGUUUUCUUUCAAGAUACUCUAAUAAAUCAGCCAUAGAAUUUAGUGUAAAUAUUUUUUCCAAAUAGAUACCAUAUACAAAAAGGCAACAUUCAAAUUAUAUAGAAUCUAGUUUUUAAAUCAGCACAGAUCUUCUUAAAACUGUGAACUAUGUUUUGAAAUACUCGUUACUAAAGCUGUUUAUAAACCACAGGUGCCAUAAGAUUCCCCAAACCAACUAACUCCCUUAUGCUCUUCCAUGCUCUCAUUUCAUUGUUGUUUGGGCUUUCAGAAGCAUGUCUUCAACACCUCUCCUUUGCUCAGUCUCAUCUGUUCCCUAUCAGGUUGUUUGGAGGCCUUCAGCUUUAAAUGUACAGGCUUAAAGUGCGCUUGCUAGUGUUGUCUAUCCUAUUUUUUUGAAUGUUUGUUAUUGUUGUGUUUUGUUUUCUUUUUUUUUUGGGGGGGGUGAUUUUGUUUUGGUUUGGUUUGAUUUGUUUUUUGCCUUAGUAGGCCACGAGAUAUGCUUAGUACAGGCUACAGCAGUAGAAGAGGAGACUGGACCAUUUGGAGGGCAACAAAAAGAGAAUUUAGAAUGCAAUGGGGAUUAUGGCAAGGAGAGGAGAAGCUGGGUUCAGACCUUCGUGGAACUCCUUUGGAUAGAUGGAAGGGAAAAUAUGUUCUUUGGGUCUUUCAGAAUCAUUGUUUUUUUUGUUUUUUUUUUUUUUUUUUAAUGAACAUUUUGGAUUAGUUGCCCUAAAAGUAGGAGGUAUUCUAAUCUUUUCUCUUUCUUCCCUAAAACUUGAGAAAGGAAAUGAUGGAACUACAUAAAUAUAAUUUUCUUUUAUGGAAUCAAUUUGGAGACAUCCUAUAAAUUCUGAAAAGAUUUCUUAGUUAUCCCCUCCUUUGUUCUCUGAUUACUCAGGCCCAGGUUCAAUGACUAUCUUGCAACUUAGGCUCCCAAAGUCUUGGUCACCACCCACAUGUGGUGAGAGGGGAAAGCUGCCCAAUAUAGAACACAUGUCUGGUCAGAUAUUUUUCAGCUCAAUUGCCAGAGGGCUAGAAGGCUUUCAUCCCUGUGAAGUUGAUCUGAAGCCUGUCUCAGGAUUAUCCUUAUGGAAUUAAACAGAAAUCAGAGGCCAUGCUUAUCUGACAUUGUUCAUAGGGAAUUCUGUGCUAAGAGGAGUACUAAAUACCACUGGCACCCCAGUCAGCAUUGGAAUGUGGCCCAGAAUUUUUUCUCAUUGGGUGUGGUUUUUCUUUUUUUUUCUCUUCCACAAAUCAUUUAAAUGACGCUUGGAAUAUCAGAUCCUUGAGAGAAUGGAUCAUUUUAUUCUUGGUCUUGGCAAGCCCCAUCUCCGGCACAUAGUAGGCACUUAAUAAAUGCUUGCUUUUUCUUUUCUUUUCCUUUCUACAAAUCAUUUUUAUGACCCUUAAAAUUUAAGCUCCUUGAGAGAAAGAAUUGUUUUAUUCUUGGUUUUGGUAGCCCCAUUUCCUAGCAUAGUGCCUGGCACAUAGUUGGCACUUAUCAAAUGCUUGCUGUUUGGGUGACAUCAACCAAACCUUCCAUAAAGGCAAGCUGUACCCAAUGACAGCAUAAACCUCUCUUCCCCCCACUAGCCAGGAAGAGCGACCACUGGUGCCUCAUGCUCAAGCAGAAAUCACUCUCAGCUUUGAAUUGCAGCCAAGUAGUUUCUGAAUACAGAGUCCCACAUGGCCAAUAUUGCAUCUGCAGGGAUCUUAGGCAGCUGACAGAGCUGCCAAAACAUGUCACCAUUUUUUUUUCACAUUGAAAAGCUGGUUUACAAUUUAAGACAUUAUAAGGAUAUAGCAUCAGGCUCUCCCUUGGGCAGAGGGAUUGGGGUACCACCCACCCUUCAUCAGACAGAUGCGAAAGAAUCAAGCUACUGCAAUGCCUUCUUUGGGACUCAUUUUCAGAGUAGCUAACCACCUGACAUUCCUCUCAGCUCCAUAACAGCCCUGCAGACCAGAUCCAGACACUCAACUCCUGCCGCUGAAAAAAGGUGGCAUUUUGUUUUGUUUUGUUUUGUUUUUUUGGCUCUCCAGGUUUACAUUUUGAGUAUUUUCUUAAUGAAAAGCCCAGCAGGUCCGCCGUCUGUCCAUUUGAUAAAAUUAUAUCUUGUGGUGGUUGUUUCUUGUUCAUUCAACAAAGAAUUACACACUCAUGGCCCAAUGUUAGCAUUUUAUUGCAGUGUGAACACACGGCCAAACCCCCAAGACAUGGCACCUAGGACAUGAGAGGGA